AUAUUUUCUUUCUUGAAGAAAAAAAAAACAUCUCUAAAACUUUAAAAAAAUUAUAAUAAAUUUUUUUUAAGGUGGUGUGUGGAUAAAAGGUGUCAAAUUGCAUUUAUGGUCUUUUUCAAAUUGCAAUGGAAAAAUGGUUAACUUCGAGUAUUACUUCUUAAACUCCUAAAACAAAAUAAUAAAAAAAAAAAAAACAAAAGUAGCAAAAAGAAAAACGUAGAACGAAGAACAAAAUGUUAUCGAAUUGAAAUGUAAAUUAAAUUUGUGUGUGAAGAUAUCCUGUGUUUUGCUAGUUCUUCAUUUAAGUGAAACAAUCUACAACAAUAUCGUAGAAGAAAAUAAAUUUCAUUAAAAAAAAAAAAGAAAAGAAUAAGAUUUUAUUCCUGGUCGUGUUUUUUCUUAUGUUUUUUUUUUUUUUUUUUUUCUAUGACAGCAAUUGGAGUUGAACUUGAAUAAACAACCAUCAUGGAUCUCGUUGAUAUAGAUAAGGUUUUAGAUAAUUUGGAACUUAAUGAAGAGGAGCAUCAAAAAGAGCGUCAAAACUUAACUUCAGAUAUUGUUUCUUCACAAUCGCAAAUUUCGUCAUCUGUUAAUGAACCUGAACAUAGUUUAAAUUAUGGCGUCACAACAACAUUGAAUAAUACAACAACAACUACAACAACAUCUACAGGAGAUCGUGUUAGUAAAUUUGUUGGUGUUUCUCAGGUAUUUAGUAGCUUAGAUGACUACCGAAAAAAUGUUGAAAGCUUAGAUUUGUAUACAAACAAUAAAAACGAUGGCAAUACAAAUACGAAUACAAAUUACAAUAAUUUGAAAAAUAACGAUCAUACACUUUUAAUGCGUAACGAUGGUGUCAAUGAUGAUGACGAAGAUGACGAAGAUGAAGAAGUAAGUAAAGACGAUGAAGAUGAGGAUGAAGAUGAUCCAUAUGCAGGUGAUGAAAUCAAUAAAUUUGUAAGCACAGAUGAAUAUGGAUUUUCGUCAAAUUCCAUAACAACAUCGUCAUCGUCAACAUUUUCAUCUGGACCAUCACCUGCUUUAAUUUCAACUGAAUCAGAAUCAUCUCUUAAUGCUAAAGAAGAGCUAGAAGUUCGAAGUGAAGCAGUAAAACAAAUAGAUACAAAUUCGCAACAAAUUAAAAACGACAGUACAACAAGUGAUGGUAUAGAGUCAAUACAACCUAAUGAAAAUGAUUGCUCAUCUGGCAACAGCAACAGCACCAGUAAGAUAAGAGCACAACAUCAACAACGUUCCGAAUUUGACGAUUUAGCUGUUGGUUUAUCCUCGAUAUCGCUCACAACCCAUCAAGAAAGUAUUUUAUCUCUAUCAGAAAUUGCUUCAGCGAGUAGUAAAUUUAAUUUGAAAACCGACAACUUAAGUUCAUCUCUAUCCCUAUCACAAACAACUAAGAAUAACUACCCUAAUUCAAAUGAAAAACCAGAGCAAUUGAAUGAACAGAAGAUAGAUAGCGGUGACACGGGGGAACAUCCGCAAUUGGAAAAUUCAAUAUCCGGAGAAGAGGAUUUAAUAAGAGUAGCAGCAACGACUCAGCCAAAUGUUAUGGUCACAUUCAGUUCCACAAUGGAUGAGAUAUCUGACACAGAACUUGAUAGUAUUUUGCAAGAAAUCGAUACAGAAAUGCAUUCACAGCAAAUUGUAUCUCCUGAACAAGAUUCUGCAUCUGGCAGCAAUAUCGGGGAUGUAAUAAACAAAACAACAACCACACAAACAUCGAAAUCCAACAAUCCAAAUGAGGACGACUUAAAAUUAACGACGACGAGCAUUUUACCAAACAAUCUAUCGCUGAUUGGUCAAAAAUGUGGUGGUGGCGAUGAUGGAAUGAUGAAUAUAGACAGUUUUUCGCAGGCAUCCACAUUGGAGUUUACCGAAGAUCGACGUGAUGUAGACGACUUAGACAAGGCUAUUAAUCUGGAUGAAAUAUCUGAUGAUGGCGAUCAAAGCAAAGAGGAGGAAAAGAAAGGCAUACAGAAAAGACAAAGACCUACGACACUCGAUUUACCAGUUAGGAAGAUCAAUUUGUAUGCAACAGCUGGACAAACUCCACCUGGCUCACGCAUCUAUGAUCAAGGAACGUCAAGUUCUGAGGAAGAGACACCUGACGAGAAGGUAAAUGAAAUAAAAAGUGAUGAGGAAUUAAAUUUCAAUGACGGUGCUGGUCACACGCCACCAGAACGAUCUGAUCGUGAAGUUGGUUUUGAUAAUAAUGGAGUUGUUGGUGGAGGUGAUGCUUGUAGCUCAUCAGACAUAGAAACUGCAAAUGUCGGUGAUGAACCAAUGAUUGCUUCAGAAAGUACAGAGGUCGAAGUUAAAAUUCCACCAUCAAAAAUACCAGAAAUAUUAACAGCACCAGAAUCUGCAACUGCAUCGGCAUGUGCACCCGCACCAGAGCUAACAAACAUACCAAUCGCUGUUAGUAAUGAUAUGUCUGUAAAUAAUAACUAUAACAACAAUAAUAACAUUGGAAAAGUCCCUCCAAUAUGGGUGCCAGAUCAAGAAGCAAAUGCAUGCAUGCAAUGUCAGCAUAAGUUUACUUUACUAAAAAGACGUCAUCAUUGUCGGGCAUGUGGCCAAGUUUUAUGUUCGGUGUGUUGUUCACAAAAAUUUAAAUUAGAGUUCCUUUCAAAUCUAGAAUCACGGGUUUGUGUGCAGUGUUUUCUCAUUUUGACAAAACUCACACAACAACAAAAACAACAAAUCGACGACCAACAAAUGAAUUGCUCCAACACCACCACCACCCCAUUAAAUCCACAACAAACAACUUCAUCACCAAAUCCCAAUAAUCCUAUGGAAUAUUGUUCAAAAAUUCCACCUUAUCGUCAAGUAAAUCAACAAGCUAUAUCAUCUUAUCCAACUGUAAUUGUUCCAGUGGGUGUUUUAAAAAAAGAAGGCAGCGCAGCUAAAAGCCGCAAACGUAAAUCUGUUAUGUUUAGCGAUGGUAUACGACCAGGAAGCGAUUUGGCUAGUUUAGAUGGUAGAUGGAGUGAUGCUAAACAUGCACGUAAAUCGAAUUCAGCAAACAAUCUCAAUACAUCAGAUAAUCUAUCUGAUGAAAGUAACAAAAUCAUCUCAAGAAACAAUUCCAAAUCGAUUGUUUUAAUGGAUGAUGGAAAAGGUUGCUACAUACCACCAACAGGUGAACACACCUUGCCCCCAAUAGUAAUUUCAAAGAAGUCGGAAAAACUUUACCAAGAAGUAACAAAUAACGCAGAUCUUAUCAAAAGAUUACAAACCGAAAGUUUGAAAUUUGUUAUACAAACUAACUUUUUUGUUUUUGUUAAAAUAUCUCAUUUAAAAUGUUGCAUUAACAAGACAGUUAUAAACUUUACAACUUGUGGUUUGAAUAAUGUUGGCAAUGAUGAGAUAAUAAUUCUACUCGAGCUUGAUAAUUCAAAUAAAAUCCCCAAGGAUAUAUUUGUUCAUUUAAAUGAAAUCUACUGGGAAGCGAGCCGUGGUCAUCCAAUAACAGAACUUGGUUUCUCGAUGCCAAAACACUUACAUUUUCUUGGCUCACGAGAACAUGGGGGUUUCCUUUUCAUUCGGUCGACUUUUCAAUGCUUGCUUGAUGUUCAUGUUCCAUCACCACCAUUUCUGAUUGGAGUGCUGAUCCAUCGAUGGGAAGUACCAUGGGCGAAAAUAUUUCCAUUGAGAUUAAUGUUACGUCUUGGUGCCCAAUAUCGUUACUAUCCUUCUCCACACAUAUCAGUUAGAGAACGUGAGCCUGUAUAUGCAGAAAUUGCACAGACAAUAAUAAAUCUAUUAGCAGAUUUCCGAAAUUACACGUAUACCAUUCCGACAAUAAAAGGAAUGUAUAUUCAUAUGGAAGAUAGAAGAACAAAUAUUCUCAUACCACGCAAUCGAUUAGAUGAGGUCGUUAAGGCUAUUAAUAAUUCUAGUGAUCAUAUUCUCGCAAUGGGAGCUAACUUUUCAAAAAAUGCCGACGGUCAUUUGGUUUGCAUACAAAAUAUUAAACUUCAAAAUGGUGAUUCACAUGCUUACUCAACUCAAGCUAUAAACAUCCAAGGUCAACCCAGAAAAGUAACUGGUGCAAGUUUUUUUGUUUUUAAUGAAGCAUUAAAAACAACUAGUGGACUUUCUGGCAAAUGCAGUAUCAUAGAAGAUGGUUUAAUGGUUCAAAUUUUACCAUCAAAAAUGGCUGAAAUUCGACAUUCGCUUCUGAAUAUGAAAGACAUUAAUAUAGUUUGUGGACCAAUUGACGCUGAUGAACAACAAACUGAAGUGGUUUAUGUACAAUGGGUGGAUAACGAUGUGGAAAUUAAUAUAGGGGUAAGAUCUCCAAUUGAUGCAAAGAAAAUGGAUGGAAUACCAAGCAUAAGAGUGCAUUCAGGUAUAACAUUAUCAAAUAAUAAUCACAUUCUAAAAUGGACCGAAGUAUUUAUAAUCGAGAUGAGCGGAGACAAUGGAAUGUGUAAGAAUACAGUUGAUGUGUCCAAAGUGUCUGAACAAAUUGCAAAAAAUGCAUCUAUAGCACUUUUACCAUUUUUGGAUUUACUUGUGGCCAACGGAAGUGUUAAAAUUGGACUAAGAGUAACACUAAACAAUGACAAUGUUUGCUAUGAAGCUGGUAGUCAAAACGAGAAAUUACCUCCAUUGUAUAUGAAUGCCCUUGACAAUGAAUUAAUUCCAACAUUGCAUAAGCAAGCCAAUGAUAUUGGUAAAAUUAUAGUUUUAGAGUUGACUUUUCAUAUUCUAAAUGUACAUAUUAAUGUGUAAACACGAGUCAUUAACUAACACACAAAAAAAAUAAUAAUAAACAAAUAAUAAUAAUGUAAAGUAUAUUUAAUCAAACAUAGUCUGAGGUAUUUAAGGAUAUUUUGUUAAAUAAAUGUGUAUCGAUUAAAAAAAAUAUAUAUAUAUAUAUAAACUUUACGAAAUGUUUUUCUUUUGAAUUUAUUAUUUUUUGAAUCUCAUUAAAAAUAUGAAUAUUAAAUAAUAAAAUUGUCAUUAUAUAAAUGUUGUGUUUGUAAAUUGAUUUCUAUAUAAAAUUUUAUGUUACAAAAUUGAUCAUAGUAAUUAAUCUAUGUGAAAAUAAUAUAAUUAACCACCCCCGGAAAGGGAGGCAAUUAAAAAAUUCAUAAAUUACGUUUAAUUUAAGACUUAUUUAAUUUUAUGUUUUAUUUUGCAUUGGAUAAAAGAAAUACAGUUAUCAUUUACUCGAAA